UUUAUUGAAUUGUUUUCUUUCUUCUUCUUUCCAAACCUUUGUGUGCGCAUUUCUCUCCUUCACUGCACCUUCUGAUAAAACCCCACUCUUUCAUCUUCUUCCCCAUCCCUCUGCACCUCCAUCAACACUGCUUUCCGUCAGCCUUCAAGCCUAUUUCUUCUCUCAAAACUCUUAUUAAACUUCUCUGUUUCUCGGAUUCUUCUACUUCAAAAUAUAUUAUAAUAAGCUACAUAUAUACAAGCUUAAGCUUAGCUAUAUAUAUAGAGCAAGCAUAUAUAUAGCAAUAUGGAUAUUGUCCAGUUAAAAUCAGAGGAGCAGAUGGAGAUGAUGAUGAUGAUGCAAAUGGAAAAAAUCUCAGAGCUCUGCGGAGCCUACAACGACGUUGUCUCAGACCUUCCCCCAUCUGAUCACACUUUCUCCUCCACCACCACCACAACAACAAGUCCCAAUAGCAUCACUUCUAACACCUCCAUGCCCCAUUACACCGACCAACAAAACCCACAAAACAUCCCCUCACCAAAUUCCCAGUCCUUUCUAAACCUCCCAACAAUCCCAACAAUACCAUCAACCAUCUCAUUCUCCAACACCACAAACCCAACUGACCAAACAUCCAAUUUCUCAAAUGGGUUCCUACCAUCUUCCCAAAAACGCACCUCCAUGGCAGCCAUGAGAGAAAUGAUAUUCAGAAUUGCAGCCAUGCAGCCAAUCCACAUCGACCCAGAAUCCGUGAAGCCACCAAAGAGAAGAAACGUCAAGAUUUCUAAGGACCCUCAAAGCGUGGCGGCUCGCCACAGGAGGGAGAGGAUCAGCGAGAGGAUCAGAAUUCUGCAGAGACUUGUGCCGGGCGGGACAAAAAUGGACACGGCCUCCAUGUUAGACGAGGCUAUUCACUAUGUCAAGUUCUUGAAGUCUCAGGUUCAAACGCUGGAGAGAGCUGCGGCUAAUAGGCCUACUGGGAUUGGGUUCCCUGUGGCCAUGUCUAGCGGGAGCUAUGGCCUCCAUUCAGUGGCUAAAGCUUACCAGGCUUCUUGCCAUGAGAACGUGCAGCAUUUUGGAGAUGCUUGAAUUUGAUUUAAAUUAAAUUAGUGUAGUGACUGUUGAUUAAUUGUUCGAUUACGGGGUUGUAAAUUAGGAGCAUGC